UUUGAAGGUAUAGACCGGAAGUAGUCUCCCUUCACCUCCAGAUUAAUAGACUGCCUGCCAAUAUUAGAAUGUUUUGAAUAGUUCGUUUUUAAAAAAUGGUUAAUAUGUUGUGUUUCAUUAAUGGGUAACUAAUUGGAGGACACCUGUUAACCGGACUUUGGCCUACAGCUCGCACUGUGACUGAGCUCGACGAGCCAGCGGGGACGUUACGUAAGCGCGCAGCUACAACAGACACUUAAACAGCCAGGCCGCGAAGCUUCUGUUGGAAACUUUCCUGUCCCGCUACAGCGCAUGAGAACGGCGUGUCUUCACCCACACUCUGCACAGACAUGUCUUUUUACAGCAACAGUGCGCGUUUUAACGAGGCCAGGAGAGUCGCUGUUUUCGGUGGGACACACGGAAAUGAAAUGUCAGGCGUGACGCUCGUUAACUUGUGGAUGAAGAACAGCGCCGAGAUCCAGAGGAAGGGGGUCGAGACAAAACCGUUCAUCACCAACCCGAAGGCUGUGGACACAUGCACCAGAUAUGUGGACAUGGAUCUGAAUCGAGCCUUCACGCCAGAAAACCUCAGCGCCCCUGGAGGAGAUGACCUGCCCUAUGAGGUGCAGAGAGCCCAGGAGAUCAACAGGAUGUUUGGGCCUAAAGGAAGCCCAGAAGCCUAUGAUGUUAUAUUUGACCUCCACAAUACGACGUCCAACAUGGGAUGCACUCUGAUUCUGGAAAGCUCCAAAGACCACUUCAACCUGCAGAUGAUGACCUAUAUUAAGAAAGCCAUCGCUCCAGACACUUGUCUUGUUCUGCUGAACGAGCAUCCUCUUCUAAAAUACUCCACCACACGCUCAGUAGCCAAGCACCCUGUUGGUCUAGAAGUGGGUCCUCAGCCUCAAGGUGUAUUGAGGAGUAACAUCUUUGAAGCUAUGAGAGUAAUAAUCAAACAUGCCCUGGACUUCAUCCAGCUGUUUAAUGAAGGCAUGGAAUUCCCUCCCUGUACUGUGGAAGUUUUUCAGGUCUCAGAGAGGAUCGACUACCCCAGAGAUGCCAAUGGCAACAUCAUUGCCAUGGUGCACCCCAGUCUUCAGGACUGUGACUGGGAGCCACUAAACCCCGGUGACCCUAUGUUCCAAACGUUUGACGGAAAGACCAUCCACUACCAAGGCUCUAGCACCAUCUAUCCCACUUUUAUUAAUGAGGCAGCCUAUUAUGAGAAACAACAAGCAUUUGUAAUAACCAGGAGAGAAACCUUGGUAGCAAGUGCCAUCAGAAAAGCAUGAACACUGCUUCGUAAGGCGACCAGCAGUCAUGAAUAUACAAUCUGAGUACAGGUUUUGCACUUUGCUCUGUUAGAAAAUGACACUUUCCUCAUAUUAUAGCUAGUUUUUUUAUGUUUGCUAUCUGAAAAUGAAUUAACUAUGCAAAGAAUAUUUGUGGAGGCUUUGCAGAUGAAAGUGUUUAAUCUGAAGACUGGCAUCAUUGUGGUACAUAUUUGAUAUUUAAAAAUAUAUUUACAUCAUAUCAACUAAGAUUAUAUAAAAUGAGAAGCCAAGCCUUAAUCACUGAUAGAUUAUGACUCAUUCUCUAACUCUCUUUAAGACACUGAGGAUCAUAACCUGCUAUUUCUGACUCAAAACUGUAGCUGGUUGUCUUCUUCUCAAAAUAUAUUUGUAAUAUCUUUAGGAGGGUGCUUGUGGCCUUUCAUUCUUCCUUCAUGUGUAACUCCAGUGGUUGCAUCUCUGGUGCUUCCUAUUUUUGCCUUAAUAGAGAUGAAAAUUGCACAAGAAAUUUGGAGUGGAAUCUGUAGAUUAUCUAUGUUGGAUAACAAGAUAUUUUGAGAACAAAUGGUAUAUGUUCUGCUCCUCUGUACAGGCAGAUGCACUUUGAAACACAUUUUGUAAUAUAUUUGUGUCUAUACUGAAAUACUUCUACCCUAUGCUUGGUUUUUAAGAGAUGUAGAGGAAUUGUUGAAUCAUGGUACUUUCUGAUGCUUUUACACCUUUGUUAUCUCAAAGUGUAUGACUCACAGUAAUUGAUUUAUUAUUCAGCAGUAUUUUGAUAGCACAAUUUUUUUGAUUAGUACAAUUCACAGACCUUGAUAUCCUAUGGAAAUUAUCCAAUCAAUAAACAUAGUACUAUGGUAUACUUGCCUCUUUUUAUUGGUUGCAGAUGUGCAUUUCAUACACAGCUGCUUUGACUCCUCAUGUUUGUUUUGUCUGCACCCACAAGAAAGAGGGCAUCACAAUCA